AUGGCUACUGUGAGAGCUGCAGAAGUAAAUUUGCAAGGAAACUCUAUUUCUUAUAUUGAGGAAAAUACUUGGAAGCCAUACUGUUUUGUUGAGAAACUAAUCCUCAGUGACAAUCAUUUGACUGAAUUACGAAGUGAUUCAUUUAAAGGCCUGCUAUCCCUCCAGUACUUCAAUAAAUGGGAAACUGCUCGGUCCCAGGAAAACCGUGUGGCAACGAUCCAGAGAACAGGUGUCAGGCAAAGGCUGCACAGGGUAGACAGAGUCCUCAAGAGGCCAAGGGGCAUGAAGAAACGGCACUUCAAUGAAGAGCAAAAUGGCAACAUCAAGAGGAAACAGGGGGCCAAGCCAUUUAUGCAUAACACCCCCAAAGCAAGAAGGCCCAGGAGGCCAGCCCUAAAAGAGGUGGCACAACUCCACAAGGUGCAGAGACCAACGAAGUUAGGUGAAACCUCCUUUGACACAGAGCCUUCAUUCAUCAAGGACCAUAAAGGAGCAGUCUCUUCUUUCCUGAAACAGUACUUGAUGGGCAGGCCUCCUACCUCCCUUCCUUCAAAGGCCCUACCUGAGGUUAAAAAACAAUCGAAAGACUUGACCUAUACCAUUUUUGUUUUAGAAGAUGCAAAUGCUAGAGUUAAAAACAUGGAGGCUCAUAAAAAAGUAUCACAUUCUGGAAGAAAAUACAACUUUUAUAAAUCUCAUUCCCCUGUGGUUCACAGAAGACCAAAGGUCAAAAAGAGUCAAAGGUUGAAAACGGAAGAUUCAAUCCAUAGACGGAUGUUUAGAGAGACUAGACUUCCUUUCUCUGCACUGAGGAGUCUCAUAAAUUCCCCUUCCAGAGAGGCUUUUUCAUCUUUGGGAGAAAUAAGUUCUCCAGAAAAUCCCUCUCCAGAAUUACUCGUUUUUGCAGAACCUUCUGCAGCUAACGCUACUGUACACAAUGCUACCGUGGUAGAUAAGACUAGCCCUGAAACCAUUGCCCAUAAGGAUCCUUCCACUGCAGAUUCUGCUGUGACUACAGACAACUUAAUGCCAACCGUUAACCAAACUAAUGAAACACAGUGGGAGUAC